UUCCCACACCCGCCUCCCGAUCCCCCGGUUCAGGGCCUGGGGGCCGGUGGCCGCGCUUUCCCGGUACCCUCUGGGUCGUCCCGCACUUCCUGCUCUCCCGCCUUCCUCUUCGGCCCUCUACCCCGACCUCCUCCACGCCGGGGCCACCACUCCGGGGUACUGUUUCCGGGUCAGGGUGAGCUGUAAGGGGAGAGGCGAGCGUGGCUCGGAGCCGGCCGGGCCGUGCACCCUCCGCUGUGCCACGCUCACGCGCGGGAGACCGGCCUGCGAGCUGCCGACCCGGAAAAGCCCCAUGUUCAGUCUUCCCCCAGGGCGAUGUGCCGCCGUCCUGCCCUCCCUCUCCGGGCCUCGCACCCCUGGGGCCCCGGUCGCCCCAGCAUCAUCCACACCCCGGCCCACCCGGCUCCCACCUUGUGCAGGGUAGAGAGCCUCGCAGGACGCCCGCCUCCGGGCGUGGGAUUGCGUAACCCGAAAGCUCGCUCGCGUGUUGUUUUGCUCAUCCGUGCAGUGGGUAUGAUUUUUUUUUCCUCCAUCCGCAGACAUUCUAGGUUUUGGCUCUCACCAUGGCCAUCACUCAGUUUCGGUUAUUUAAAGUUUGUACCUGCCUAGCGACAGUGUUCUCAUUUCUAAAGAGACUAAUAUGCAGAUCUGGCAGAGGAAGGAAAUUAAGUGGAGACCAAAUCACUUUGCCCACCACAGUUGAUUAUUCAUCUGUCCCUAAGCAGACAGAUGUGGAGGAGUGGACUUCCUGGGAUGAAGAUGCACCCACAAGUGUGAAGAUUGAAGGAGGGAAUGGGAAUGUGGCAACACAACAAAGUUCUCUGGAACAACUGGAACCAGACUAUUUCAAGGACAUGACACCAACUAUACGGAAAACUCAGAAAAUUGUCAUUAAGAAGAGAGAACCAUUGAAUUUUGGUAUCCCCGAUGGUAGCACAGGUUUUUCCAGUAGAUUGGCAGCUACACAAGACCUGCCUUUCAUUCAUCAGUCAUCAGAAUUAGGUGAUUUAGAUACCUGGCAAGAAAAUACCGGUGCAUGGGAAGAGGAAGAAGACGCAGCCUGGCAAGCAGAAGAAGUUCUGAGGCAGCAGAAAAUUGCAGACAGAGAAAAGAGAACAGCAGAACAGCAAGGAAAGAAGAUGGAGAAGGAAUCUCAGUGUCUGAUGAAGAAGCCGCAAAACAAAAACAGUGUGAAAAUUUCCUAACACAUGCUCACCUGUCACAUCCCAGUGCCAGUAGGAGAAGCCUGGGCCUACAGCCUACAGGACAAGCAUUUGUAUGGACUGGAGAUCAUUUCAGAAUACAAACACUGCUUGAUCUUAAUGCCAUCCGGGACACCAGGAUUCUCCCUCAAUACCUUGAGCUGUUAAUAAUCAAGACUCAAAGCACAAGAAUAAGGAAACAAUUACUUUCUUCAACAUGUUCCAAAUAUAAGACAAUUGUUUGCUGUAGAGAAGUUAUUUCAAGUCGAAUAAACCAGCCCAGCACCUCUCAAGCUAGUGUUUCUAGCUGAACAAAUUGGGUGUAAAUAAUUUUAUGGUAGAAAAGUACUCUACUAUCUAUUAUGCUUUCAUUCAUUGUGCAUAAUUAUAAAAUAAUUUUAAUAGUCUUUGUUUCCAUGAUCACUUGAUGUAAAUUUAACAAAAUAUAAGUAGGGCUUUAUACCCUCCUUAAUUUUGUUUUCAGGUUGUGUUGACAUACAUUUUCUAUAAUUUGAACUGGCGUUGUUUGGUACAACAUUAAGGAAUAUGAUGAUUUGGAUUUUCAAGAAAAUAACAUUAAAUGCAAUAAUUUUAUUUAUCAAAUAUUUUGUAUAUCCUUAUUUUCUUUUGGAUGGUAUUGUAAUGUUAUACAGAGCUGUAAUUUAUAUUGCAUGUAUAAAUGUUGAAAAUCAGCUGCAAUGACAAAUUUGUGUGACUUAAGAACUAGGAUUAGUAGCUUUUCCCUUUCAUUACAGAUGUCAAGAUGUUAACAUGUAAGGACCAUAGUUCUUCAUCCUCCUUAAAAGCCAUUAAUUUUCAAAUGCAGAAAGGCUUCAGUUUCAUUUGAUUUUUUAAAAAGUGAUUCUGGAAGAUUUCUCUUUCUUUUUUUGUUUUUGUUUUUGUUUUAAUAUCUUACAUAAUGCAGGGUACCUAUACAUUUGGCUACAUAACAUUACUGAUUCAUUACAAACCAAGUUAUAAUUUUUUUUGUUUGUGAUACUGAUUGACUUGUCUGAAGAAAUAACUGCAUAUUGUGUUUUAUGGGGAAAAAUCAUAUCUCAGUUUAAAAUGAAUACCAUUAAAUUUUCUCCACAAUUGAAAUCUAACUGGCCUGAUUUUCUGUGGCUUUGAAAUUUUUAAAGAUGUUUUGCUUUCUUCAUAGUUAUUACAUAGAUUAACAUUUUGUGGGGCUUUACAAUGUCAUAGACAGUGUGCAGGCCAAACAUUAUUAAUAUGUUUGAAUUAAGGCAGUACUUCAUAGAAAAGUCAAUAACUGUACAUUGAGACUUUUAAAUUUUUCUUAGCCUGAAAUCUCAGGCUAAGUAUUUUAGUCAGUUGACUUUAACUCUGGUACGAAGAGUUUUUGAGCACCUGACCACAUUGCCAGUUACCAUGUUUAUUCUUUCUCCAAUGCACUCACAUUUGGGUAGAAUUAAACUUAGAAUUUUAAUAAUCCCUUCUGUCCCAUUUAUUUAUUUUAGUCAUUACGAAGAUCUAUAUGAUGUCUAUGAAUGUAGGAUUCGUAAGGGAUAAUUUCCUUUAGUGUAGUUCAUCUUACUGCCUUCCCCAAUAGCAGAACAGUAUUGAGGUCUGCUUUUGUCAUGCUUUUAGAGUAUAUGAGCUAAUUUUUAUGUUUGACUCUAGCUUUUGAGAAAUUAAAACCCAUUAGAAAUUACAGCAUCUAUGAUCAAACUA